UGGAAAGUCCUUCGCUGUACUGAAAGUCCUGUACACACCCAAAAAAAAAAAAUUAACACACACACCUUGUGUACAUGAGCAGGCGAGGGAAGAGGAGCAGAGGAACUGGACUUGGAACGGCUUAAAACAUCCGGGGCCGUCCUAGUGUAUCGGUGAGACCCCACUCUGAUCUUCACUGUCCGUCGAGCAUGGGGGAGAACAUGAGUAAACCCUCCGCUAAGCCCUUUCAGGAUGUCACCUUCUUCACCUCUUUCAAGCCCUACAACCCUCCCGCCACCAAUGACGCCGCACCACCUCGACCAAGCAUCUUCUCCACGCUAAGACGGCCCCCGGUGGCCAAACCCAAUGAUUUCAUCCCUCUCUUCAGUGACUGCAUCACCGCUGCCUCAUCCCGAACUCAGGAGUACCUCAUCUUCAAGGACCCAGAGGACAAGUUCCACCCCAGCCCAGACGCCCUCACUCAGAUCUUCCUAAUGACCUACAUCUCCCAGAGCGUCAACCUCAACCUGACCGACAUCUUUAACUGCACGGCCAUGACCCCCGAGCAACGCAUCCUGCUGGGGGCUGACUGGGUGUGGGCCGUGUUGGAGAAGUCCACCAAGAACCCUCGCAUCCAGAUCGCCGUGCAGGUGCUCCACCUGUCCGACAAGGAGGGCGGCGAAGAGGACGGCGUUCUCCCGGAGACGUGCAGCGAAAGCGUCCAAAUGGCACAGAGGGAGUCCAGCGACAGGAACAUGUACGAGAGGAUGGUGGACUUCUGCACUUCGGUCGGCAAGGACUGCUACGCUCUAUUCUUGUUCUUCGGGAGGAAAAACGACAAGAGCAAUAUCUACGGUGUUCUCAGCAACAACUUCGAAGCGGCCAUCGGGAAGUGCGACAAGAUCGAUAGAGCUCUUCUGGAGAACUUCUUCAAGGGGUCUCGGUACCUGCACACACCCUCCGGGAUGAUGCAGUCCAUCGUCACUCGGAAUGAGGGAGACCCGCUCACCCUCAUGAUUAAAUUCAGCUGAUGGCAAGAUCUUGAGUUCAAGAUAAUCAUAUUCUCAAAAGCAAUUCUUAGCACGCGUAACACCGGUGAGAAAGGGUGCGGAGUUCCAAGUCAAACACUCUCAAUCGUUUUGUUCCAAUUUCAGCACAAGGUUGUGAUCAGAAUUCAAAUAAUUAUUGCUAGCAUAAAUCCAUCGCCUUUGUAAAACCUGAAUUUGACUCAUUGCAAGUAAGGUAUGAACAGCCAUGCAAGUGUAAAUGUAAGUUAACGAAUGCAUAUUAUGUUGAUUGAAAAAUAAUUUCCAAGGAUGGUCACUUCUCUGGCUUUCUGUGACUCUUCCAGUAUCUCUGUUGCAACGAAGCCAAUUGUGAGACUUCAAACCGGGUGUUCUCAGAGGGAAGUGGCCACUGAGCUUUUACGGUCAGCAUUUCAUCUCCAAGAGAGAGAAAGCGAGGCAAAGGGAGGGGGGUGGGGGGGGGGAGAGUCACAUAAACGACAUUCUUGUAAACAAAUACUUGUUUUGUUCUAAAUUUUGCCAGUCAGUUCCUUGUUCGACAACAUCAAGGUGUGCCCGAAACAUUGAGCAGCUGGACCAGCAGCAUUGAAAAGUUGAGAAAAGGUCAAAUUAGGUUCGGCUGUCAAGAUUAGCGUCUUUGCGGUUAAUCCUGAAAUUUCCUGCCAAAACCCAAGAUCCUGAACUUUAUGUUGAGUAGUGUACUUGAUGAAUGCAGCGAUAAAUAUGGAAACUGUCUCUGCAAAAAUCACUCACCACCCUCCUCAUACAUAGACAGCUGACUUCACCCUUUAGGCGCCAGAGUUUUGUCAAGAAAAUAUUCAGUUUUGAUUAUUUCUAAAGUGUAUAGCUUGAAAAUAGAUAGAGUCAUGCCCACUGUAAAUGUUGCAUUUUUGCUACUUUGGCACCAAAGGGGAUAAGACAUUUAUUUUUUAUUGCUGUUUUUUUUUUCCAUGGGUCAAGGAUAGAUACUU